AUGCUCUCUACUGACCGCAGCCAUGUAUUUUUCUCUUGGCGGUUUGCGGCGCCGCACGCCACCUCUCUUUUUUCCCCCACUGCGUGCAACGGCGCGUGGCGGGCAUCUUGCCGCGCCAGUGACGGUGCUGUUGUUGGGUCGCCGAGGACACGCGGGCAGCCUUGUCAGCCUCCCCGAUCGUCAGUGCUCGCGUCUGCGGAUUGUACUGGCUGUGUGCUGUGGCCUUCACAGUCUCUCUCCUCCUCGCUUUCUUCAUUCGCCGCAGCGCGAUUCCUCGUAGAGCAGCCACACCACUCAGGCAGCGGCGGCACCACCGUCCCGCGCACUGCGAUGUCUGUCACUGAAGGCGACGGACUGCCGGGGAGCCCUGCCUCCCUGCCCGGCGACAGGGGCCGUCGAGCAUCAGGGCCCGACAGACACGUGAGGCAAGACCAUGAGGGGAGAGGGAGGGCCACUGAGAGUUCAUCCCACAAGCAGCAGGAGUCCAGAGCGCCAGAUGCGUUGUUGCAUGCUGCCGGGGCCCUGCGAAACACGCACGGGGGCAGUGGCCGUGGGGGAAGCAGUGCUGAUGUUCAGUCGCCCUGCGAGCCCCGGACGGGUGAGGGGCCAUUGGCACAGGCUGGCGCAGACGGAGGGUCUGGAGGCGGCGAGGUCCCCGGGCCACACGGGGCGGAGGGAGGGGCAACGCGGGAAAGACCGUCCACUCCCGCACAAUGGGGUGCCUCCUUCGGGGCCAUCGGUCACGCCAAUGAGUCCUCUCGCCUUGGGGCCGAGCGGGCGGCUGGUCCCCCGGACGACGCUGGCACCGGCGGUGGGGGGCCUAAUAGCGGCCGCCCGGGUGGGAGGGCGCCUGCGGUCGUUCCUGACGGGUGGGGCCCGUCCGACAACGCCGUUGCCAAUGAGGCGGAGGUGUCAGCUGAGCCUGAAAACGCCGAGCGGAACGUCAAGGCGCAUGGAAUGCCUGCGGGCCGUGUGGCGUCGGUGUCACGUGCUCGUGGGCUCGUCUCUCCCACGGAUUCCCCACCUCUUCGGGUGGCGCAUCUCUCCCCCUGGCGUCGCACGCUCACCUACUCGCUCCGCUGCUGGGUGUUGUGCCCCCUCGUGGUGUUGUUGGUGGUGGUUGCCGUCAUUACGAUGGCGCUGGCGUUUCCAACAUCGAAAAGCAGCUCACAAAGUGCUUUCUUCUCACUGCACGAGUUGGUGGUCGCUAGCAUGGAGGAGUCCGUCGGGAGCCUAACUUUGACAAAGAUGGCACGCAUGGCGGUGGCGACGGGAAGCAUGUACUUUUCUGGUAACACUUUUCCCAAUCCCCGGACCGACAUUCUGAUGCCGCUGGAAAGUGGCAUGAUGUCGCGCCUGUGCGCCGUUCUUCGCGACAUGGAUCCUGCCAAGACAGUCGCUUCUCUGGGCGCCGUUUCACUGACGAGGCAACAGGCCGCCGUAUGCAUUACUUCUCGCUCACGCCCCGGUAGCUUUGUUGGCACCGUGAGUCAGAAUGGUGCCAUUGACGGCUUCUACUACGUUGAC